AUGGUCCAGCGUCUAAUCGACAUGGACGAAGACGCCAACCGCCUGCACAAGCAGGAGAAGGUGUUCGCCAACAUCGCCAAACUCCAGUCCGACCAGCGGGAGUACGGCCAACGCCAGAGCACCCAGUUGGACGCAGAGCGCAUCCGCAAACGCAGCGAGGAGAAGCUCACCGUCGCGCUCAACUACAUCCAGUCGAAGAAGAAGGAGCCCGAGAAGAGCCAGAAAUUCCGUCGGGCACAGGCCGACUACAAUCAGAAACACCAGACCUACGAGAGCACAGUUCUUGCGACUAACCGCGCCCGCAACGAGUACCUCAUUCAACUGUGCGCAGCCAAUCAAAGCAUCAAUCGGUACUUCACCGAUGAAGUCUCCGACAUCCUCGAUUGCAUGAGCUGCGGUCUGCACAACAGCCUGGCGCGCGCUGCCAUGAUGCACCUGAGCUGCGAGGAGGCCAUCAAGAACUGCCACGGCUCCGUGGGCGAGAUGAUCAACCGCAACAUCACCGCCCUCGACUGGCGCGCCGACAAGGCGACCUUCCUCCGGCGCAACGAGGUCGCCUUCUCCAGACCACCCACCUUCACUUUUGUGCCCUUCAAAGACGACUGUGAAUCGGAGGUGUCACCUGUUGCCCCUCUUCGUGAUAGCCUCGCAGCCACCGCUGCCGAUCUCAGAGCCAACCUCGAACAACUCAAAACCUCAACGGAAGAGGCCUGGAAUAACCUUCAAGACAUUGAGAAGAAGCUGUUGGUGCUGAUAAACCAGAAUGACUACGACGUCUCCGAGUUGUUUGCGAGUUCCGUUUUGUCUGGGAAGCGACGGAGGCGUCGAUCCACCAGCCCCGUCAACGGGGAGACGCCGAAGCCACCAACCAGUCCCGCGACAACCGCGCCCGCCUCAUCGGCCUCCUUCAAUUCACUGAACAAGGGCGGUGGCAGUGGUGGCGUCGGCGUCACGCCCCUUUCCUCCAGCCUUCCUCCUGAGGAAAUGGGAUCCAAGGCCUCGGUGGGGUCUUCAGGCGCUGAAAUCCAACCCGGCCUCUAUUUGUCGAUGCGUAACACUUACCGAGAACAGCGGAUUAAAGAGGAGCGCAUCUACAUGGAGCGCUUCUCCGCGUACACUCAGGAAAUGCAUCGUUGCGUCGUGAUGCAGGCGAAGUUGGCUGAAAUCGAGCGGGCCCUGGCCACCCACCAGGCGUCGUCGUCGUCGAAGGCGCCGAUGUCAACGAACCCUCCACAGCUUCCCUCGUCCGUGCAGCCUCCCCUGUUGCAGCGUCCCCCGUUCUUGUCCGCGGUCCCCGCCGUCCACGGCGACCAGGCGUCGUUGCUCACCGCGUCGACGCCCUCCACUGAGUCGUGCCCUCCCCUUGGCGCCCCCCUACCCACCACCCCCCCAUUCACGACUCCCGCCGGCGCCGCCCUGCAGCCCGCGGCGCUCGUCAAAAUGGCCCCGCGCCGCGUCCUCCAGGUGCCCAACGUCGGGCGACCGAAGCUCUUCGGCGGCAGCAUCGACGAGUACGUGACGAAGACCGGCGAGCAGAUACCGCGUGUGGUGCUCUCGUGCAUUCGCGUAAUCAACCUCUACGGCAUGCACCAUCAGGGCAUCUUUCGAGUUCCUGGCAGCCAGGCGGAGAUAAACAACUUCAAGGAGGCCUUCGAAUACGGCGAAGACCCGCUGGUGGGUCUUUCCGACGCGCGCGACAUCAAUUCGACCGCGGGCCUACUCAAGCUCUACUUCCGUGAGCUCGGCGAACCGCCCUUCCCCAAGGAGGUCUUCGUGGAACUCGUCAAAGCCGUCCGAGACCGCCGCGACUCCGAUGACUGUGUGGAUCGACUCGCAGCAAUCAUCUCCAGCGGACUCUCCCACGCCGUCUUCAUUGUAAUGCGCUAUCUCUUUGCAUUCCUUCACCACCUGGCCGAGUACUCCGACGAGAACAUGAUGGACCCCUACAACCUGGCCAUCUGCUUCGGCCCUACCCUCAUGCCCGCACCACCCGACCUCGACCAGGUGGAGUACCAGUCGAAUGUGAACGACGUCGUCAAGCUGUGCAUCAACCACCACCGUCGCAUCUUCGACCCCACGGUGCCGGGCGCGUACUACGAGAAGUUCGCCGCCUACGCCUCCGCCGUGCCACCCGUGCUGCCGCGCGCCAUCGCCUGCGAGGCCGUCAAGAAGGCCGGCAGUCUGCGCCACCAGCCCACCGCCGAGGAGCUGGCGGAGGAGGGGGAGGGGAUCGAGUCGUUGACGCGUCUCGACGCUGGCGUGAAACGACGGGUGUCUAGGCCUGCGGCGCCGAAGUCUUGUCGCAAGUCGGAAGGAAAUAUCGGCGCGGUUCAUGAGACGGGGUUCAACUCCUCAAUGGACCAACUUUCCAUCGACGAUGGCCUCGACGACGAGAACGAUGACGAGUCGGACUCCGAAAUGGAAGACUUCGAUUGUCACCCGACGCACGCGAUCGCGCUGGCCGACUUUGCCGGAGCGAGUGCCCGCGAGCUCUCCUUCGCCCGGGGAGCCGACCUCCUGCUCUACCGCCGUCUCAACGAUCACUGGUGGGAGGGUCAGCUGGCCGCCACGGACCAGGAGGGGCCGCGGUACCUGGUGCCGCACCUCUACGUGAAGCCCCUGACGGUCGCCACGGCUGCCACCGACGAGAGCAGCGUCGACGACGGUCUGCAGAAGACGUACUCGGGCAGCCCUCGCUCCUGCUCCCCCGACGCCGCCGCCGCCGAUGCCUCGCCGAGGAAAUCCACCCUGAUCGGCGCCACGCAAGACGCUUCGCCGGCAGCCGCCUUACCUCCCACUACGAUCUCCGAUAAAUCGCCUGAAACGCCCAUCGCAUCCGAGUCCCUCGAACACCUCGCAAAUCUUAAGAUCGAGAAGGCAGAAGGCGUCAAAGAGAACUGUCCUCCCGAUGAGCCCAUUGUCAAAGUCGACCAGAAGGAUUCGAGCCCCACCAAUGACGUCGGCAGCGUAAAUCAGGAGACACUGGGAUCCACACACCUGCCCGUCAAGUCUGCAUGCAGCUCCACGAAGAAGGCGAGUGAGGAUCAGAACGGCGGCUCCAGUUCCUCUCCCGUUGUCUCGGUGAUGACCCGAUCACUGGCCAACCGCCCAGCUUCUGUGUCGCCUCAACGGCACGUUGCGAACCGUUGCUCUUGGGGCGGAGUUCCAAACUUGUUGCUUUCGACCACAACUCCCGCCUCUACGACAACCGGUCUGGAAACCCUUCCGGAAGACAAACCGGCGACCCUCAGACCCUCAUUGAGGUCUCCGGAUACUGAGGGUGGUGGGGCCUCUGAUCAUUUUCCGACUGGCAACGGUUCAUUAGCUGACGUGGAUUCUGCUCUCGCAGAGGUGAUGCGAGGCCUGGCGUGUCUGGAGCAGGAUCGUUACCAAGGUCUCGACGUCAACUCGGCAGCCGAACAGCGCUCCCGAGAACUCGAACAGAAAAUGCGCCUUCCAUCUGCAGCCAAGCACGCGCCCGAUCUCGUUCUUGGUCUCCCAGAUCGUCCACAAUCGUCCAGCUGGAGCCGUGCGACCAGCACUCACACCGAUGAAUCUUCCGCCGUUUCGCCUAGUUCGGCCAAAAACGCCGCUGACACAUUUGCCGAGCAGGCCGGAGGCACUGUACGCAAGCGCGUGGGCGCUCAAUUGACUCCCCUACUAUCGGAGUCGCCGAAACCGCCCGCGACGGAGAAACCUCUAACUACGUCCACCUCAGCGAGCGCUGACCUUGGACGAUCCGAAUCUGCGCCAAAGCCUACCGCCUGGUGGUCUACGCGAAAAACAAGUCCUCACGCCGAGGGGGACGGUGUGGACGCGUUGAUGAGCAAAUCCUUGAACAGUGAGAGCAAGGAGGAUGUUGCGGCCAACUCGACCGGCCAGACAGUGCCCAUAAAGCGUGGAUCGAUAGCGGCGCGUGUGGCUGCAUUCGAAGCCUCAAGAACUACCACAUCUGGCUCCCGCCCCAGUUGGGCAAAGAAGUCUUGA